ACAGGUAUAAAAGGGACUUGGGACAGUGCCAUCCACCCCCAGCACCAAUACCAGCCCAGCAACGCAACCUACAAGCAUAAUGCCAUCAAUUGCUGAACCCCCUUUCAAGAAGUACCAGGACUGGGAUGACAACACCAUCAUCUCUGGUGAACAUAUCAUCCGCGCCAUCCAGGAAUUCGAGUCCAACGUCAAGGUCAUCAAAACACGGCAAGGCGACGCUUUCGUCUAUGCUGUAGAGAGCAACGAUGAGAAUGCAAAGACCUACAAGAUCGUCAUUGGUCCUAUCGAGAUUGACGUGACUAUCGACUUGAACAAGCUCACGAUCGUCAUCGAAGUCUAUGCGACCAUCCCUUUCCUGGGCAAGAUUCAAAUUACCAAGGCGGUUGGAAAUCUGCGCGACGGCGUCACACUUACCAUUGGAUACCCACCCUUCGUUGGGGGCUCAUUGACGCUGAAACUGGAUGGAAAGGAUGUCGUGUUGGAAUAUUCUAUCGAUGCUCUCGGAUGGCAUUAUCAGGACAAGAUUGUCAUCGCCACUCUCCCUUGAGGGGUAGAAUUUCUGAGCUCUCCUCUUAGAUAGUGCGGGCUAAGUAGAAGAGGUGGAACGUAUUAUUAGUGAUUUGCUAGUGUGUUCCCACCUACUUUUCUUCCUGGUUGUGUAAAUUGUGAAUUUCCGAAAGGCCGAGAUGGAAUAUAUUCCUAGUCUUGGUU